AUGAUGGAAUUCAUUUCUGGUGUUCGCUUCAAACCAUUCACACUAAAUCUUCUGUCCGCAAGCUUAUAUCCUUGUUUCCACUACCAGUCGUAUCCUCUGUUAUCUGUUGUACCUAUACUUUCAAGAUGUUGGACUACCUGUCCCUCGCUUUCGUGGUUGCGGUUAAAGUUUUUAAGAAAACUACCCCAAAUGGAAAAGUUACGGUUUACCUUGGCAAGCGUGACUUCAUUGAUCAUAUAGAUUACUGCGAUCCCGUUGAUGGAGUGGUUGUGGUUGACACCGAAUACCUGAAAGGAAGAAAAGUUUACAGCCAGCUCGUGACGACCUACCGCUAUGGUCGUGAGGAGGAUGAGGUCAUGGGAGUGAAGUUUUCUAAGGAAAUGGUAAUUGGGCAAGAUCAGGUUGUGCCCAUGGUGAACUCCAAAAUGGAAUUGACACCGGUUCAGGAAAAGCUGUUGAAGAAACUUGGACCGAAUGCAUUCCCAUUCACCUUUAACUUCCCUGAGAUGGCGCCUAGCUCGGUGACUCUCCAACCAGCUGAAGAAGAUCAGGGAAAACCAAUGGGAGUUGAAUAUUGCGUCAGAACCUACGUUGCUGAAAAUGAGGAUCAGAAGAGUCACAAGAGGAGCUCUGUGACUCUUGCCAUCAAGAAGUUGCAACACGCACCUACUUCCCGUGGUCGCCGUCUUCCGAGCUCCCUGGUGAGCAAAGGAUUCACCUUCAGUAACGGAAAGAUUAAUCUCGAAGUUACUUUGGACAGGGAGAUCUACUACCAUGGCGAGAAAAUCGCUGCUAAUGUCAUCGUUUCUAACAACUCAAGGAAGUCUGUCCGCAAUAUUCGCUGCAUGGUUGUUCAGCAUGUGGAGAUUACAAUGAUCAACUCUCAGUUCAGCCGCCAUGUUGCAUCUUUGGAGAGCCGUGAAGGAUGCCCAGUUACACCUGGAGCAAGUUUGUCGAAAACAUUCUAUCUUGUGCCUUUGGCCCGCAGCAAUAAGGACAUCCGAGGUGUGGCUUUGGAUGGCCAUCUGAAGGAGGAUGAUGUAAACCUGGCCAGCUCUACUCUAGUCUCUGAGGGGAAAUGCCCAGCUGAUGCCAUUGGUAUUGUGGUAUCCUAUUCCGUCCGCGUCAAGCUGAACUGUGGAACACUUGGUGGAGAACUUGUGACUGAUGUUCCAUUCAAACUUCUCCACCCUGCUGAAGGGACCAUUGAACGCCAGCGUUUCAAUGCCAUGAAGAAAAUGCAAUCCAUUGAAAGACACCGUUAUGAAAACUCACUUUACACUAACGAGGAGGAAGAUAACAUCGUGUUUGAAGACUUUGCUCGUCUCAGGAUGAACGAGCCUGAAUAAAUUAUAUGAAAUAAUUUAAAAAUCCAAAAAAAUGAAAAACUUAUCAUAAAAAUAUUGUAAAAAAAAAUCGUAAUCAAGCAAGUUUAACGUAAUCACGAAACUUUCAUUCUAAAAAUAAUUAUUUUCCUAAUAUGCUAUUCUAUAUCUAUCUAUACCUACCAUUAAAUCAUCAUUAUUAUAUUCACACUAAAAAACAAAACCUUUGCUUAUUGUCAUAAUAUUAUUUAAUGGCCUUAUUGUAAUGGAAAUCACCAACCUAAUUAAUUAAUCACCUAUGAUAAUUAAAAAUAUUAUGCUUACCUAUUACCUUCCUCGUGUUGUAAUCUAUAAAUAAACUAUCUCCACCAGA